AUGAAAGGAGAUACUGUCAGUAAACUUCCUCGUGAAGGAAUCGAUGAUCAAUGUGUAUAUUUAAAAUUCAGUUUGAGAAAAUUAUGUCUUGUUACGGUUAUUUUACCAGUAUCAUCAUUGAUAAUAUGUUUUGUAACUGCGAAUAUAUUUCAAAAGGAUGAUAUUCACGAGACUCAUUGUAAGGUUUACAACGUCGUGCCAUCAAUAUCGGCCAUCACGGGAAUAUCUCCUCAAAAAUACCUAUGGAGAAUAUGCGUGGCUUUUCACGUGGGUCCAAGGCUCGUUAUAGCGAUAGUUUACAAACAAUACUAUUCGAAAUUACUUGAGAAGGAAAAUUUAAACGGGAAAAAUUGGUUGUUGAAUUUUUGCUUUUGGUUAAGCAUAACCGAAAUCGUAACACUAUGCGGAGUCACAUACAUAAGCAAUCGUGAAAAUUAUCCCAUACACGAAAAGAUAUUCAUAACGUUUAUGUUUUCUUCUCUCUCGUACAUGUUGGCAUCACUGAAAAUAUUCAACGUCGUUCACGUGAGAAAAACAAACGAGGAAAAUUAUUCGUACAAAUUGAAAAAAUUAUUUUUCACCGCGAGCAUUCUCACAUCGUUCGGAUUGUUUAUAUUUUUCGUGAAACAUCGUUUCUUGUGCCACGACAUGGCUUUCAGUUGGUUUUCCGUUUGCGAAUAUUUAAUUGCAUUUUUCAACAUGGGUUUUCACACGACGGUCAUAUUAGAUUUUCCAACGGAACAGGUAACGGUUUCAAAAGGUUCGGAACGAAAUAAAACAAACGACGUGACGAUAUUUAAAGUAGAUUAA